GUGUCCAAUCAAUGUGUCAACAGAAAUUCAUUUAACGUUAACGAUUAUCAAUUAGUAGGAGAAGAGAGCAACGGCGGUAAAGUUAAAAAGCAACGAAGAAAAGAAUCAAAAUCAUCAUCGUUAAAUUGUCCAAAGUUUACGAAAGCUAACAUUGAAAACAGAAAGCAAAGGGAAGCAGACAGAAGAUCAAAAACUGCGUUAGAUUUAGCCUUACCCCAAACAGAUGAUGAUAAUGAUGAUGAUGAUGAUGAUGAUGAUGAUGAUGAUGAAGAUGAUGAUGAUGGAGAAGAAGAUGAUGAUGAUGAUUAUGGUGAUGAUGAUGAUUAUGAUGAUGAAAAAGAUCGUGAAGUGUUUAACCAGGAUGCAAUAUGGAAAUAUGAUAGUGAGAAUGAUGCAACGGUGUUGUCAAGAAUCGAAGCUAUUCCUUCUACGACAUUAAUUGAUCGAUACGAAAAGCUUAUUGAAAAUUUUAAUAACGAAAAAGUGUGCGACGAUAAUAAAUCAGAAAAUUACUCAUCCAUUAUUAUUGUCACGUUAUUACGUCAAUCACCGCAUAUGGUCUUGACGAGUGAUUGGACCGAGGUAGAAAUUAUUUACCUCCCAAAUAUUCCCGGUGUUGGAUUAGGUUUUGGUAUUGUUGGUGGUACAUCAAGCGGUGUUGUUGUUAAAACGAUUCUACCUGGAAGUGUUGCUGAUAAGGAUAAACGUUUGCGUCCAGGUGAUCAUUUAUUGAGGAUUCGUGGAAUCAAUGUAUAUGGAAUGAGUCCACAACAAAUAGCCACUAUACUUAGGCGACAAGAUACAUUAGUUGAAUUAGUGGUCGGAAGACCGACGAUUUCUUCUAAUAACUUUAAAGAUACUGAAAGUAUGGUCUAA